CAAGCCGCCGCCCGGCUAGUGGCUCUCCGCGGGCCUUGGACUCGGUCGUGAUGAACACGUACACGCGGUACGCCCUCGCGCUCUCGCACGGCCGCGGCGCGGAGCUGUUCUCCGUGGACGGCCGCCCGUUCCUGGACUGCGUGGCCGGCAUCGCCACGUGCACGCUGGGCCACGCGCACCCGGCCAUCAUCGCCGCCGUCACGGAGCAGAUCAGCCGCCUCACGCAUGUGUCCAACUUGUACUACAUCCCCGAGCAAGGCCGCCUCGCCGAGUGGCUCGUGCAGCACUCCCCCAUGGACAAGGUCUUCUUCUGCAACUCCGGCGGCGAGGCCAACGAGGCCGCCAUCAAGCUCGCCCGCAAGCGCUGGCACCUCAAGCGCGGCUCGACCGCGGAGAGCCACGGCACCCCCGUCAUCCUCACCGCUAAGCAGAGCUUCCACGGCCGCACCAUUGCCACACUCACGGCCACCGGCCAGGACAAGUACCACGCCAACUGGUGGCCGCUGGUGCCGGGCUUCGACUACGUCACGUACAACGACGCGGCGGACCUGCGUGAGAAGGCGAAGCAGGCGGGGCCGAACCUCGCCGCCAUUCUGCUCGAGGCCCUGCAGGGCGAGGGCGGCAUCCAUCCGGGCACGAAAGAGUUCUUCGCCGCGGCGAGGGAGGUGUGCGACGAGGCCGACGCGCUGCUCAUGUGCGACGAAGUGCAGGUCGGCGCCGGACGCACAGGCAAGCUGUGGGGGUUCGAGCACGUGGGCGUCGAGCCCGACGUCUUCACCACCGCGAAGGGGCUGGGAGGUGGCGUGCCGAUUGGCGCCAUGCUCUGCAAGAAGGGCUGCGACGUGUUCGCGCCCGGCGACCACGCGAGCACGUUCGGCGGGAACCCGCUCGCGUCCGCGGCAGGGCUGGCUAUCGGACACGAGCUGCUGGAGGGCGGCGUGCUGCGCAACGCGCGGGAGAGGGGGGAGCAGCUGGCCGAGAGACUGGAGGGCGUCAGGGAGAGGCAUGCAGAGCUGGUUAGCGAGGUGAGGGGCACCGGCUUGAUUCUCGGGGUCGAGGUGAAGGGCGUGACCGCGGGGGAUGUCGUGAAGGCCGCGAUGGAUAGGGGCGUGCUGCUCGUGCCGGCGGGGAAGGAUGUCGUUAGGUUUGUGCCGCCGCUGGUUAUUACCGAGGCGCAGGUGGACGAGGUCGUCACGAGGUUCGAGGAGGCGCUGGAGGACGUGAAAGGGGCGUAGACGGGAUCUGCUGCGCAGGAGGAGUGCUGGGAGCGAUAAAUAGUCUUUCUU